AUGGUGGAUGGAGUUAUGAUUCUUCCCGUGCUCAUCGUGAUGGCCUUUCCCUCCCCGAGCUGGCAAGAUGAUGAACAGAAGCGAAACAUGGUCCACUACGAAUGCGUGUGCGAAGGCAUGUCCUGUGGGAAUGGGGAUCGUUGCCAAGGCCAGCAGUGUUUCGCUUCCCUGAGCAUUAAUGACGGUGCUAAGGUUUACCAGAAAGGCUGCUUCCAAGUCUACGAACAAGGGAAGAUGACGUGCAAAACGCCUCCGUCCCCUGACCAGGCCGUCGAGUGCUGCCAGGGGUACCUGUGCAACAUGAACAUCACUGCGCAGCUGCCCUCCUCUAAAGGGCAAACCUUUCAAGGAGAAGCUGCAGGUUACAGCAUGGAAACACUAAUCAUUGUUAUACUGGCUCCUGUGGUGGUGUUGAUAGUUUUUUCUGCAGUAGCUGUGCUGAUCAUCCGGAGGAUACAGAAAAACCAUAUGGAGAGGCUCAACUCCAGAGAUGCAGAAUAUGGCACAAUCGAGGGACUCAUCGCAUCAAACGUUGGAGACAGCACGUUGGCAGAUUUAUUGGAUCAUUCCUGCACAUCUGGAAGCGGUUCUGGACUUCCCUUCUUGGUGCAAAGAACGGUGGCUCGCCAGAUCACGCUGGUAGAGUGUGUAGGAAAGGGCCGUUACGGAGAAGUUUGGAGGGGUCAGUGGCAAGGGGAGAACGUUGCUGUGAAGAUCUUCUCUUCCAGGGAUGAAAAAUCCUGGUUCAGGGAAACUGAACUGUACAACACUGUGUUGCUGCGGCACGAAAACAUUUUAGGUUUUAUUGCAUCUGACAUGACUUCCAGAAACUCUAGCACCCAGCUGUGGCUGAUCACCCACUACCACGAGAUGGGCUCUCUGUACGACUACCUGCAGCUCACCACGCUGGACACCGUCAGCUGCCUGCGCAUCGUCCUGUCCAUCGCCAGCGGCCUGGCGCAUUUGCACAUCGAGAUCUUCGGCACCCAGGGCAAGCCGGCCA